UAUAGAUAUAUUCAGAGGUGAUGACAUGGUGUCACUGAUGAGAGGCUUGGACCAUUUCUUUCCUCCUUUCUACAUUGAAAGAUUCCAAGAUUUUUUAUCUAGCCAUACCCAAUAAUCUGUGGCCACGGCUCCUUCUUUAUUUCUCUACCUAUAAAAUAAAAGCCUGCAUAUCCUUUCCCUUGUAAACUCCAGAACAAUCAAAAUCCGAUUAUCAAUUUUCACCGAAGGUCGCAGAAUCUCUCUAUAUAAUCAUGGCUGGGGAAAUCACCAGGAAAACUGCUUCCCCUUCUUCUCGACUCGAUGGUAGGGUAGCAAUCGUAACCGGUGCUUCGCGAGGCAUUGGCCGUGAAAUCGCCGUCCACCUCCACUCCCUCGGUGCAAGGGUUGUGCUCAAUUAUGCUUCAAGCUCAACAGAAGCAGAGCUUCUAGCAUCAGAGCUCAAUGCCUCCUCAGCUCAGCCUCGAUCUGCAAUUGCAGUUGGAGCAGAUGUUUCGGACCCAGAUCAGGUAAAGCUGCUAUUUGAAAGAGCCGAACAAGAAUUCAGAUCGCAAAUCCAGAUUCUUGUGAGCUGCGCUGGGGUGCUGGAUCCAAAGUACCCAACAUUAGCCAAUACAACGGUGGAGGACUGGGAUAAGACAUUUAAUGUGAACACAAAAGGAACAUUCUUGUGCUGUAGAGAGGCUGCUAAUCGGUUGGUACGUGGAGGGGGUGGAAGAAUCAUCACGAUAUCAACAUCGGUUGUGGGAUCACUUCUACCAGGGUAUGCAGCGUACGCAGCCUCCAAGGCAGCUGUAGAGACGAUGACGAAGAUAGUGGCGAAGGAGCUGAAGGGAACGGGAAUAACUGCAAAUUCUGUAGCACCAGGGCCUGUAGCAACUGAUUUGUUCUUUGCGGGUAAAACCGAGGAAACGAUCAAGAGGUUGGUGGAUGGCUGUCCUCUCGGCCGACUCGGGGAACCCAAGGAUGUGAGUCAAAUUGUGGGAUUUUUGGCGAGUGAUGCUGGGGAGUGGAUUAAUGGCCAGAUCAUUCGGGUGAACGGUGGAUUUGUUGUUUAAAUUAAAGCGUCUUUCUCUCUAUUGGUAUUGGUAUUGGGUUUGAGGUUAAAAGUAUGUUGAAAAUAAUAGUAAAAAAGUAAAUAAAAAGUAACAGUAGAAUAUUUAAUAGUAACAGAAUAUGUUGAUAAGGGAGAUAUAUUAUAUUCAGCGCAUUGUAUUAUAUUCAGCAUUGUAAUAUAUUACCGGAUGCUUUCAACUA